AUGUCUUUAGAAGUCAGAAAGGUGGCAGAAGACAUCAAGACCAAAAUCAAGAGCUACCUGACUGCCCCAUUUGCUAGCCACUUCCCCAUCCAGAACCAGACCAGGAACUGUUGGCAAAACUACCUGAACUUCCACUGCUGUGACAAGCCAAUGACUGCUAAGGGUGGUGAUGUAUCCAUGUGUGAAUUGUCCUGGCAUAUGUUCAAGUCCUUUUGCCCCAUAUCCUGAGUGUUGGCCUAGGAUGACCACUGGGCAGAAGGCACAUUUCCUGGGAAGAUCUGA